AUGAAGCGUCUGUUUUCCCAAAAGGCUAUUACUGCUGAGUCAGCGACCUCUACGAAGCAACUUCUCGAUAAUACAUCUGCGUGUCUCAAGUCACUACAGAAUCUUGAUAUCAACACUGACACUUGUGAUCCUAUCAUGAACUAUCUGGUAGUAACUAAGCUUGAUACCGAAUCACGCAAGCAAUGGGAAAUGUAUGUGAGUCAGAAUGUUCAGCCUAACACCUUGCCAUCUUGGAAUCAACUUGCGAGCUUUUUGGAGACUAGAUGUCGAACAUUAGAGAUGCUGGAAGGCCAAAAAAAUACAUCAAAGGCUACACAGAACAAUACUUCGAAACAAAUAAUUAAACACAAGUCAUUUCACUCCACUGUUAACAACAACGAGAAGAAAGUGUCAAUUAAUACUUGCGUGAUGUGUUCAGGAGGACACUCACUAUACCAAUGUAAGCAAUAUGAGAGGCUGUCCCCAGAGAAGAGGACUGAGUAUGUGCAAGCAAACCGCUUGUGCUUCAACUGCUUAUCAUCGAGUCAUUCUGUGAGAGGAUGUCAUCAGUCUAUGAGUUGUCGCCGGUGUGGACGACGUCAUCACACUACACUACAUUACGAGAGAGAUCAACAAGUGGCUGCUGCGGUUCCGAUCCUACCGCUAGCUACUUCGCCUACGGUUCUGUCAGAGAAUCAGCAACCGUCUGAGAAGAAGAAUCCACAAACUUGGAGUCAACAGCCUAAUAAUCAUACCGAGUCGAGAGUAGUAGCUCAUUUUGCCAAAGAGAGCUGUCAGGGCAAUCAGAGUAAAUUGUUAGCAACCGCCCUGAUAAAAAUUGUUUCGUCAAAUGGCUACUCCCAAUUAGCCCGAGCGUUAAUUGAUCAGGGUUCUGAGGUGUCUUUGAUCACUGAGGCAACCGUUCAGUCAUUAGGUCUUGAUCGAACUCCUGUUAAUGGUAUAGUUGCCGGUGUAGGUGAAGGUGAAACAAGAACCAGGUGCAUGGUAUCCUUUAAUAUUGAGUCUUUGCUUAAUCCUGAGUUUUCAUUUGCAGUUAGAGACGCCUAUAUGUUGAAGAGUUUGACUUCAUUACUGCCUUCGCGCAAACCUGCAAAUCUAUAUUGGCCUGAGCUUGAUAACCUUUCACUAGCUGAUCCACAAUAUAGAUCUCCUGGUAAAAUAGAUGUCAUUUUAGGAGUCGAUGUUCAUAGUGGGAUAAUUAAAGAGGGUCUUAUUAAACAUCCGUCUGCAGAGCCAGGUGGUCCACUUGCUCAAAAUACUGAACUUGGUUGGAUUUUGUCUGGUAAAGUCGACAACGAGUUCCCUGGAGCAUGUUCUUUACCUAUCAGUCUUUAUAUCCGAGUUAAUGAAGAUGAGCUUCUGAAAAAGUUCUGGGAGAUAGAGAGAGAGCCAGACAAAAUCAAGAAAAAGAUGACACAAGAAGAAAUGAGGUGCGAAGAAAUUUAUAAAAGGACCACAAUGAGAGAUAUGAACGGACGUUACAUGGUGAGACUACCCUUCAAAAGUGCAAACCCAGAGUGUUUACAUGGCAAUACAAGAGAGAUAGCGCUGAAGAGGUUUACAUACUUAGAGAAGAAGCUUUUAAGAAAUCCAUCUUUACGUGAAGAGUAUACAAAAGCUAUCGAUGACUAUUUGAUUCAGGACCAUAUGGCUCCUAUCGUUGAGGAAGAGCAAGUGAAAAAUCCGACAGUAGUGUAUGCUCCUCACCACGCAGUUGUGCGAGAAGAUAAAGAGACGACCAAAACGAGAUUGGUCUUUGAUUUUUCAUGCAAAGGGAAGAACAAUGUUUCCUUAAAUGAAGAACUGCUCGUCGGUCCCAAGAUACAGCAGGAAUUACGCCAUAUCUUAAUGAGAUGGAGACGACACCCGAUCUGCAUUGUGGCGGAUAUUAAGCAGAUGUAUCGCCAGGUAAUAGUCCAGGAGCCAGAUACUGACUUACAGUGCAUUCUAUGGAGAUCAGAUCCCAAAGAGCCAAUACAGCAUUUUCGAAUGAAGCGACUGGCGUUCGGUACGGCGUCAGCGCCGUAUUUAGCGGUUAAGUCUUUGCAAACGCUGGCAAUGGACGAGUUUACAAAGUAUCCUGUAGCAUCUCAGAUCACACUUGAGGACUAUUACAUGGACGAUUUGCUAUCGGGAUGCGAGACUUAUGAGGAAUCCAUAGAGAUUUAUGAGCAAAUGACGAACCUGAUGAGAGCCGGAGGUUUCGAAAUGCAAAAGUGGUGUAGCAAUAAUGAUCAGUUACUUGAGCACAUUAAAACUAAGAAUUUGCUUACAGAUAAAACUAUUGGUUUCAAAUUUAAUCACGUGGUCAAAGUAUUGGGUAUAUCUUGGAACAAAAGCACUGAUAACUUCGAAUACAAUUUACAACUUCCUAUGAAAAAUGAAACAGUGACUAAAAGAUCUGUGUUAUCUGAAAUUGCAAGACUUUACGAUCCAAUCGGGUGGAUCGCACCUGUGAUAUUUGUGGGUAAAGUCUUCAUCCAAACACUUUGGAAGUCUGGUCUUGAUUGGGAUGAAAACUUGCCGUCGGAACUCCUCCGUGAAUGGUGGAAAUUUAGAGACGAUCUGGUAAAUAUUCCUAGGCUUAUUGUUCCAAGAUGGCUGCAAACAAAAAGAGAGGAUCAUGUUGACUACACACCUUUGCAGAUGCUUCCCAAGCUGGAUAUGCUGCAGUUGUUUACCUGA